AUGAUAAAAUCAACACUAAUCUACAGAGAAGAUGGGCUGCCUCUUUGUACAUCUGUGGACAACGAAAAUGAUCCCUCCUUAUUCGAACAAAAACAAAAAGUGAAAAUCGUCGUUUCCAGAAUGACACCACAAUCUGCCACAGAGGCCACUUUGGAAAGUGGCUCUUUUGAAAUCCACUACUUGAAGAAAUCCAUGGUAUACUAUUUCGUCAUUUGCGAAUCUGGAUACCCAAGAAACUUAGCAUUCUCAUACCUUAACGAUAUAGCGCAAGAAUUCGAACACUCAUUUGCCAAUGAGUACCCCAAGCCCACCGUGAGACCAUACCAGUUUGUAAACUUUGAUAACUUUCUGCAAAUGACCAAAAAAUCAUACAGCGACAAGAAAGUUCAGGACAAUUUGGACCAACUAAACCAAGAGCUGGUAGGUGUCAAGCAAAUCAUGUCCAAGAACAUCGAAGACCUGCUUUACAGAGGUGAUUCUCUCGAUAAAAUGAGCGACAUGAGUUCCUCUUUGAAAGAAACAUCCAAAAGGUACAGAAAGUCUGCGCGGAAGAUCAACUUUGAUCUCCUGAUCAGUCAAUACGCUCCUAUCGUCAUCGUCGCCUUCUUUUUCGUCUUCCUCUUUUGGUGGAUUUUCCUCAGAUAG